CACUGGCUAAUACAGUUUUCAUGCUCGAAAUGUUACGACACCUUAGCCGAAUUGCACUUAAAAACGUUAAGUUUAAUGUUAAUAAUGAGUGUACGGUGCGUGGCAUGGCCGGCCAUUCCAAAUGGGCAAACAUAAAGCAUAUAAAGGCCCAAAAAGAUGGACUGCGGGCCGCACUAUUCACAAAAAUAGCUAGGCAAAUUCGUUUGGCCGUGCAGGAGGGCAAAUCGGCGGACCCGGCUGUGAAUUCGUUACUCCGAUCAGAGAUAGAUAAUGCAUUGAAGAAAAACAUGCCAAUUGGAACAAUACAAAAUACGAUAAAAAAAUGUCAGGGCAACAAGGCGCAAUUAAAGAAACAUCGACUGGACAUCCGAUUCAAACGGAAUGUCUAUAUGAUUUGCAGCAUAUAUACGGAUAAUCUGGCCGGAGUUAAAAUGGAUGCAACGGCAAUGAUCAAGAAGUCUGGCGGUGUGCUCGUGGAUGUUGGCCAUAUGUUUGAAGAUUUUGGCCUAAUUGAAACCCGUUGCGAAACUUCGAAUAAAGACAAUUUGGAAGAGAAGGCCACCGAGGAUGCCAUACAGUUUGGAGCCGAAGAAGUGGAAGUUGUUGAUGCCGAAAGUGGAGCGGUAAAUUUUAUCUGCACUCCAGCUCAUCUGAGUGGCCUGACGAAGACGUUAUCCCAGAACGGAUACUCCAUAGAAAAUAGCGAACACAUGUUUACACCAAAUAACCUCAUACAACUUAGUGCAGAGGAACAAAAGAUAUAUAAUGUAUUUCUGCAAAAGCUACGAGAUGUGCAGGGCAUGGAAGAUAUCUAUGACAAUGUGGAAUGAAUAAAGGCUGCAUUUCAAAUAUUUUAUCGUUUAUUGUA